AGUUCAAUAUAACAGAGCGGAAGCGUGGUUCCACUGUCAUACGAAGCUGCCGAAGAGGCUGGAAGUUUACAUAUAUUUAAAAUAAAACAAGUCCAACUGAGCAAUUUCAGGAAUGGAAAGUCAACGCUGGUUGCCUCUGGAAGCAAACCCCGAUGUUAUGAAUCAAUUUCUCAAACAGUUAGGCUUGCUUCCCACUUGGCAGUUUGGUGAUGUAUAUGGAUUGGAUCCUGAUCUUCUUAGUAUGGUCCCAAGACCUGUCUGUUCAGUGCUUCUCCUCUUCCCAGUAACAGAAAAGUAUGAAUCCUAUAGACUAGAAGAGGAGGCGAAAAUCAAAUCACAGGGCCAAGAAGUCAGUUCAGAGGUUUAUUUCAUGAAACAAACAAUAAGCAACGCGUGUGGAACAGUAGGUCUUAUUCACGCUGUGGCAAACAACCAAGAUAGACUGGAAUUUGGACCAGGUUCAGCACUGAAAAAGUUUCUGAGUGUGUCCAGUUCUUUGAGUCCUGAAGAAAAGGCCAAAUUCCUGGAGGAAGAUGAGAGCAUUCGUGUUACUCAUGAGUCCAGUGCACAGGAAGGACAGACUGAGGCACCAAGUAUAGAUGAAAAAGUAGACCUGCAUUUUAUUGCAUUCGUCAAUGUGGGUGGACAAUUGUAUGAAUUAGAUGGACGCAAACCUUUUCCAAUAGUUCAUGGAACCACGACAGAAGACAUGUUUCUAGAGAAUGCUGCUGAUGUUUGCAAGAAGUUUAUGGCACGUGACCCAGAUGAGUUGAGGUUCACUGUGGUGGCUCUUUCCAAGGUAUAAUAUGCUGUUGCUGAGGCUUUUCAUUAAACUUCCAAAGGUUUCUGUCACCCAUUCAUAAGUGCUGCAAGUUUGAAGAUCUUCAUGUGUUUAGAAACAACAAGAUAACUUCAGUUCAAUAAAAAUUGUAACACACAAAACAUAUAAUAAAGUUACAAUGCUAAAACUCAAUCUGCACAAAAAUGUGCAUUAAAAAAUAGUCAUCCUAAUGGACUCCUGGAAUUAAUUAAUUUUGUUUUACUGAAUAAAAAGAGCCUUGCUAGAACUAUACAUGUAAUGUAGAGCAUGGUAACUAACAUAUCUGUAAUUGUUUUAUUUGGCUGAUUGUUCCUAAGAGUAUUAAUAAAUGUAAACCAUAAUUAAGCUGUGCUAGGCUGAUCUUUACACCUGUAUAAGUAAUUCAUGUGCUAAAGAGUUGCAGCACAAAAUUCCUACAUAUAAAAGUUUGAUGUUUUGAAAAUAAAGAGGUGUUUCCAUUCUCUUUGUUCUGUUGUGAUUUAAAUUGUAUCAUUCAUUAUGCCUGCCAAUUUACCACAAUAAAAUCCCUUUGUUACA